AUGAAUGAUCUCAUGGCAGAACUGCAAAGCCUACUGUCAUCAAAAGAUGGAAAGUCCGACUGGGUAAAUGAGGGAGCUGGCGGCUGGGACUAUCAGCUAAAGAGAAUCCGACAUAGUUUUAGCAAGAAAGGAACAAAGGCUGUCGAGGCUCUCGAAAAACAUAACCGCAAGCUUAGAGAGCUGCUCGACUCGAAUGAUAAAUUGGACAGUAUGAAAUCGGUCAGGAAGGACACUGCAUGGGCAAAUAUAUUUGAUUGUAUUAGACGCCACGCAAAAGGUUUACACACUGCUAUCAAAGAUGGAUGGAAAUGUGAUUGUCGAGAGCCUCAUAUAGUGGCUCUUCGAUUGCAACAGCGUACCACAGGAGACUGGUCGUCAUUCAACGUAUCCUUUGAAUACCCGAAAAAUAUGAGAACAAUUGCCCUCACUCCCCACAAACGACGAGAGCUGAUUGUCAAUGUGAAACUUGCCGGUACACAACACAAUGACCAACCAAAUAUUCUCCUGCACCCUUCGGUAGCAGAAGCUGGAUGCAAGAACUUGCGACGGGAUUUUGAGUCAAAGGCAUACCCAGGGGCCAACAUCGCUACGAGACCAAUUCUUAGACCUUCUUCUCCCUCAUCCUCAACAAUAUCACAAACAAGCUUUACAGGAUCUGUUUCGAGUUGCCAAUCACAGUCACAUACGUCUGUCUCAACAAAUGUUGCGAUAGAAGAAAGCCAUGUAAAGAGAUUGCUGUCGGGGCUCAAAUUAAAGGCGAAGAAGUCAGUCCAAAUUCAUGACCUCUACGAGCCUAUAUUGCCUACCUCAACUGUACCAACAAUAGAGCUUUCUAUUCAUGCUACCUCAGCCGCCUCACCCACUCCUUCCAUUCUGUUAUCUCCUCCAGCGAAAAGUCUCAAUGAUGUCAAAAUAGACGAUCUAUGUAAGACUGUCUAUAAGUCUAGCGGCAUUUCCGAAACUUACUUGGGGUAUCUUCCAGACGAGCAUCAAAAUUACCACGAGUUCCGAUGUCUCGAUGAUAAUUCAGCUUCGCCCGCCUUUCAUAAAGAGCAAUUCGUUAGUCUUGAAACGAUUCUUUCAAACACUAGGCCUUUCCCUCCACUCAAUCGGCAUGAGCGAUACAAAAUUGCAUGCAUACUUGCAUCUUCGUUGCUACAGCUUCAGAAUGCACCAUGGCUUGCUAGUAAUCUGCAAAAAAACAAAAUCCUCUUUCCAUGUGAUUGGAAUGCCCACAAAAUCAUGAUCGACGAGCCAUAUCUUCCUUACUCAUUUUUCUCUUCCAAAUGCCAAUUUAAACCACUAGGGCAUAUGCCAAAUGAGAACAACACAACUACUGUUAAGCAAUCAUUACAUGAUCUUGGCAUCGUCUUACUCGAACUAUGUUUUGGGCAACGCAUUGAGGAACAAGCCAUACGCCAAAAUUUCCUUGUCGAUGGAAAAGAACAUGCAAAUACCAACUACCUCACAGCUCUCGACUGGGCAGAUGCUGUAUGUGAGCAAGAACCAGCGUUGGAGCAUGUGAUCAAAUGCUGUAUGUUCUGCAUCUUUGAGGAGAAGGCCAAUUGGGAUAAUCCGAGGUUCACACAAGCUGUGUAUGCAAGUGUAGUGGAGCCAUUAGAAAAGAUCAUUAGUAGCUGGGCAAGCGUAUCUUAA